CCAGAUGGUGGUGGUUGGCACGACUCUGGUCGGACCGUUCGACUCGACCAAAGCCAAGCCGGUGCUGCGUGUUGGCGGCCACCAGCAGCGUAUCCGGGUGGGCCUGCCCAGCUUCGAGGGCGGCGUCAGCAACCUGCUGCCGACGGACAUGGACAGGAAUCCUGUGAUUCCGGGCCUCACGCUGCUGUACAGACUGCUCCCGCACACCGAGAGCGCGGUGGCGGCUCCGGAGUACGAGACGCGUUACUACCACAGCGAGCCGUGCGAGCCGGGCGAGUCGGAAAUCCGCCUGUUCCGGCACUACCUGAGCCGCGACACGGCCAGCAUGACCGUUGGGGACUGGUGCCGCCAGUUGCAGGACCGCGAGCAGAUGCCCCAGUACGUGGACGGGCCACAUCUCCAGUCAUGGAUGGAGAAAAUGCUGGAGGCCAAGAAGGAAAAGGACAAGAAGUCGCCUGUGCCAGACCUCGACCUGCAGAAGUUUAUACACUACGACAUUCAAGUGGGCGUUAGCGUGCUACUGGAACAGGCAUUCGGUCUCCCAGUAUACCUGGACAACCGCUUCACGCUGGCGGUGGUGGAAUACCUGCCCGGCAAGAGCACCAAGGACACGCCAGCCACGGCCGACGGCUACGGCGACCGCGAGGCCGACCGCUUUGUCACGCAGAAGCUGGACCUCAACAGCCUGCAGCGCUCGCCCAACUGGAUGGACCCGCCGACGACGAUCCACCCGCACUACGACAACCAGGCGGCGCUGCUGGUGCGUCUGUAUUCGCUGCCGCUGGAGUACAAGCUCGGCGGCCGUCUGGUGCCCAGAGACGGCGCCGAGUUCAGCCUGUCCCUGGACCAGCCGUCGGCCUGGACCGUGCUCCAGCUGUUCGAGAAAAAAUCGGUGUAUUGUGGCACGCACGCGGUGCCUCUCCUGAAGCCCCCGGUCGACAGCAGCUUCACAGGACUCGCGCAGCGGGCUGGAGUGUCGCCCAAGCUCUUCACCAUGGCCAACACAAAGGGAAUCAUCAAGCCGCAUGACAUGGCCAGCCUGGAGGUCACCAUCUGGGACGGCACGUUCACCAGUGAGGAGUGUCCGCCCAUCAAACGGUUCGACGGCGCCCUGUCGGCUAUCCAGCCGCUGGAGAAGUACGCCAAGCCCAAAGUGCAGAAGGCCGGCCCCCCAGUCAGCGCGCUGGUGUUCGAGAACAUGACGGACGAGCAGAAGCAGGCGGGCAUCGCCGGGCCCGACUAUGACGUCGAGAAGCAGGCGUUCGAGGCGAGCGCCGUCAGAAAGUUUAACACGCUCCUGAACAAAAGCUUGGUGGCGGACGGCAAGCCGGCCAUCCGGGGCAUCCCGGAGGAGUAGGCGGCGGCGCGCCAGG